GGCGUCCGUCACUUAAAAUGGAGGAUGCGACUGGAAAGGAAGAAGAACUUCAGAAAUUUCUGGGAAAAGUCGAUGAGAUUGGUAUUAAGAGUUCCUUGCACACAUUUGAUUCUCGCUGAACAGAAUUAGUGAUCGCAAAGCGUUAAUUACACUUCCUAUAUAUUUCCAGUAUCCGCCGUUUAAAAUUUGCCAAUCUUCAGUACAUGAAGUGUAAAUAUUAUUACACGAUCUGUUGCUAGUGCAACACAAACGUAUCAUCAUUUUAUUUUCCGAACAAUAUCUUUCUUAUUUACUUGUACAAUGUGAGCAAGAAGCUGUAUUUUGUCUUCGUAUGGUAAAUGGCUGCCUGAUCUCGGUUAGAAGGCAUGUUUUGACCGUUGUUGCAGUGCUUGGUCUUACAGUGAGCCGACAUAUAUAGACUGAUUGUAACAAUUAAUAAUAGGAAUGUAACUGUUCACGUCCAUAUUGAUAAGAAUAUGUCCGGCUCAUUAUCAUAUACUGAUGAGAGACAAAAUGAUCACUGAUUUAUCAAGUAUCUACUCUAGUUUCUGAUUGUAUGUAUUGCCAUGUAGAUUUCUCAUAACUGUUGCAUAUAAGAGCAACAAAGAAAUGAAUUUGUGCCAAUUGUUAUAUGUCACGGGAACACUUCAAAAGUGAUUUAAACAUAGGCCCUUGGUUUGUUAAUUCCUCCAAUCUGCUAAACUUCAUUGGAAAGGCACACUGAGGACAAUUUUGUUGCAUGAUUUUGUUGUUGUUUUUCUUUUUUCCAGAUUCCAUUAUGAAAGAUUUAACAUGUGGUGACUAUGAAAGGCAAAACAAAGCUCUAUCAGCUGCAGAUGAGUUCUUGAAGCGACACAGGGCUGAAAAUGAUGAUGAUUCUGAUGAUGAAUGUAAACAAGUCAAAACAAAGGCUGAGAGAACAGUCAUUUCUAAAACUGAGGAGAGAAGACUUCUAGAUCCAUCAACUGCCUUGGGUGAAAUGGUUAGAGAGAUGCAGGAGAAGUUUGUGCAGAGAAGUUCAUGAAAGCAGUUGAAGAAGAUGCUAAGGAGAGGGCAAAGAUAAAAAAGAGGUCUGAAGCAGAAGCUGAAAAACUCAAAGGAAAAGGAAAUGCUGCUUUCAAGGAAGGGAAUUAUCCAGAAGCUAUUAGUAACUACACAGUGGCAAUCACUAAAAGUGGCUCCAAUCCAGUACUUUACACCAACAGAGCUCAGGCAUACAUCAAACUGAAUGACUUCGAUUCUGCAAUCCAAGACUGCAAUCUUGCAUUGAAGAUUGAUCCCAGGUGGGUGAAAGCUUUUGUUCACAAAGCAAGAGCAUUACAAGCUCAAGGAAAAUUUGAUGAGGCCAUCUCAGUUCUGAAGGACGCCAUCAAAGAGGCACCAAAGCAAGAAAAAGUGUUAAAAUCUUACAUUACUGAGGCUGAGUCAGCAAAAAAAAGACUUCAGGAUGAAAAAGAGGCUGCUGGUAUUGCUGGAGAGGAGAGUGGAGAGUUGAUAAGAGACUCCAUAAACAGACUACAGAAAAACAGCCUGGCCACAUCACAAUAUACUGACGCAACAAGGAAACUCCUUCCACUUCUUGAUAGCAGUGCAAACAGAACAUUAUUCAGAUGCUAUGGAGGUUUUCAGAUCAUAGACUGCAAUAAUACUUUUAAAAAGUACUGGGAAGGAGCAGCUGUCUGUGUAAUGUUGGAAGACAUAGACUUAAUUUGUGAAAUUUUAAGAAUUCUAAUGGAGGCAUGUACUGAUAAUGAUCACAAUGUAGAGGAGUUUCUCAAAAAAGAUCACACUCCAUCAUUCAAUCGUUUCCUGCGAGAUCCAACCUCUCCUGUCAUUAAGACAGCUGCCACAUCAUUUCUUCACCAGCUGUCCCAAACUAAAAAAGGCAGAGUUGGUCUCACUACUUGCAAACAUAUCAAGUGUGUCACUGAGGCGCUAUUUUCACUGGCACAGAGGGGAACUAACACAGCUGUUGUAGCAAUGUCCACAAUUAAUAACCUAGCCCUGGAACUAGGAUUCUGUGAAAAAAUCAGAGAUUUGGUUGACAAAGACUUUCUGAGCAUCUCUCAGAAAUUUGUGAGAAAGUUGUGUGAAGUAAACACAGAGGUUUCCCAUGAACCAACAGACAGCUGGUCUCUAGUUUCAUCUGGUUUGUCAGCUUUAGCCAACAUGGCCAAGGACACAUGUAUCAGAAAAAAGAUUGCUGAUGAACAAGAUUGGUGGGAAACAAGUGUCAAGUUCCUGGACUGCAAUAUCUCUGGAAUAAAGGAUCAAAAAGUGAGAAGCUCCAUUUAUUCUCUUCUGGGUUUGUUGGCAAACAUAUCUUUGCAAUCAAACCAGCAUCAAAAGGAUGCUGCUCCAAGAUUGAUUCCAUCACUCAUUGAAAUGCUUAACACAGGUUAUGAUGAAGUUUGUGAGCGCAGUCUUGCUACCCUGAGAAAUAUUUUAGCUCAUUCUACAGAUGCUCUAAAUCAAGCAUGUGAUCAGAAAAUCCACAUUCACAUCAUGCGCAUUCUAAAGCUGGUCAUCUUAAGCAGCCAUUUUCAGGUUGGAUGGGGAGCAAGUACAAGAGAAACUGUAAAAAAAUAUGCAAUCAAGUCACUGGCAUUGUGCACAAUGGAGAGAAAAGAUGCCAGAGAAGCUGUACUCAGUGAAAAAGCUUUGGACUUCUUGGUUCAAUUACUUCAUUCUACAGAUGAGACCAUCAUAGGAAAUACAGCACUCUGCAUUGGCCACUGUGCUGAUAUGGAGGGAGUAAGUGAACAUUUGGCCAGUGAUAAUGGUGUGGUGGAAAUCCUACUGAAGCAUGCAACAAAUGAUGAGCUAAGCAAAGAUGUCAAACAGAAUGCUGCCAUUUGUUUAGCAAAACUUGCAACAUCAGACAAAAGACAUCUCGAAAAGCUAAAAGAAAUGCAUGGACUUGAAAUUCUUCACUCUGUUAUCCAGAACACGAAUCUCAGCUGAUAUGAUAAUGGCAGAGUUUUUAAACUGCUGAAACAACAAUAAGCUUUCUCAAGUCUGGUCUUAGAUUUCCUCCCUAAAGAGUGGGAAAGAAGCAAGGCUUGAUUUCUGAAAAACCAAUUGGUUAUCAAGCCUACAACAGCAUCAGCAGCCUCAGCAACUCAACACUUCACUAAGAAGAAUGAAGGGAUUUUUACUCUUUGUAAUUAUAUAAUUAUGUUGCACUCAUUAUGGACUUAAGUAAGGCAAACAGUAAUUGCUUAAAUUACAAACUUGUAUUGUUGUGUAGUGCUGGCACUGUUUCUUAGGUGCAGUCAGAUAAUCUGCUUGCAGUCUUUAUUCAGUAUGUACUAUUUAUUUUAAAAGGGAGUGUAAUAACCCAAGUGUAUUUACUGGUAAGUUUGAAGUAGGUGAAACUUUGACACUUGUGUUUAGAGUGAUUGAGCCAUUUUGCUUCCAAGAUCUAAAGAUCAACUAUCAGAACUGUCAGCCAUACAUUUCUUAUCUUCUUAGCAGACACAUUUUGGUAUUAAAUUAAACAAUAUUUCUAAGUUUUCAUUUUUCCAUCUUUUCAUUGCCUUUCCUCUUCACAAAGUGUGGACAUUGUAAAGGAAAAUAACUCACAGGUCACUCCUGAGGGUACAAGGGACAAGAAGUUGUUCAACUAUGAUUUUUAUGGGGAAAAAACUAUUUGUAUGAUUGCUUUGUUUUCAGAAAGCUUAUUGAUCAAAACACUUGUUAAUUGAUUUGAUUAUCCUCAAAAUGUAGUUUCCAAAAGUCACAAAGUUAUGUUCAGUAGUCAUUAACAAAUGAGGUCAGAUUGUGACUAAUAAACCUGAAAAUAUGA